AUGUCAACAUUUAGAGACAAUGUCCGCAGAGCUAACAAAUCCGGAGAAGGUUGUAUAAACUGGGAGUACUACAGCUUGAUGAACAAAUAUUUUGGUAAAAAAGACUCGGUUAAACCCAAGCAAAGUACUCUUAAUGAAAGUUCCCUACCAAACACUAAAAAUUCAAAAUAUGAUACACCUCCUGGAUUUGUCACAUCUAGGUCUCUUCAAAAUUCAAAAUCGACAACACGUAUUGAAGACAGUUCAGAUGAUGAACUUAAAGAAGUGAUGCCUAAGAUCAAGAAAAAAAAAACUUUCCAGGAAACGCUUUUAGAAGAAAUGAAAGAGGACCGAAAGUCUCGAAAUGAUUUCCAAAAAAAAUUAGAAGAUUUCAUGGAUAUGUUAAUUAAAAUAGAAACAGCAAAACUCGAUAAAAUGAAUAAAUAA